ACGCACGCGCACACACAUGUUUUCAUCAACUUUUUUCUGAGAUAAUUGGUACACAGACUUCUUAACAUAUUCUGAGGACAAGGAAGGGUUAAAUGCACAGCGCAUAGUACGGUGUAGAGAUCUACUGCUCCACUGCGAAUUUGACCAAUCACAGCUUGUUGUUGGACGUUACACGGGUUCUCUUUUCUUCCUCCAGAAUGAGAGAAGACAAUACCCAGGACACCAUUUGCCAGUGUGAUUAGGAAUCAUAUGGGAAUUUCAGUAAUGCGCAACAGUAGUUCAAGUUGGAUUCUGCCUAUACAGGUGGAUGAAAGGACAGAGCAAGUGACACUUUUCAAAGGAGGAGUUUUUUGUUGCUUGAAGAUGCUUCCUACUUCACGUCUGUGUUUCUUCAUGUGAAAUAACUACAGGAUGACUUCUAAAGUUGAGUUUGUGCCUCUGAAAGAUGCCUGGGUCACUCUGUGUUUUCUUGGGGAUGGAAUAGCAGGAAAACAGAUGAUUUAACCAUCAACCUUUGGUAUUUUAUUGGUAUUUUUGGUAUUUGUACCACAAGAGUAAUUCUACCGACAUGAAUCCAAUCAGUCAGCAUCAGAAUGUCUUCAUUUCUUUUGUGGAAAACACAACAAAGAAAAACAAUUCAGAAAAAUCUCUGGCCUUGUCUAAAUGGAAUAACAAUCGGAACAGAUUUUCUUGUGACAAAUGUCGCUUUUCAUCCAUAGACGUGGAUCAGUUCAAUAAGCAUGUUUUGCAGCACGUGGAAAUGACCUUCUCUUGCUCUUAUUGCAACCAUGUCUCGUACACCAGAGGCGAAUCUCAGCGGCAUCUCGUUAAGCACACUGGCACCUUCCCCUUCAAGUGCCAGUUCUGCCCCUAUGGUGCAGUGAGAAAUGACUACAUCGUGAAGCACACUCAACGAGUUCACAAGGUUUUUGAAGAGAAAGCCUCAUACAGAGUCACCAAGACUAAUUUAGAACAGCAGCCCCACUCGACCAAAACGCACAUGUAUGCAUCACCCUUGAGCACAGACGUGGACUUGCCCCCUGUGGGUGUGGUUAGUAAUGCACCAGUCAGCAGUGAUGCCGUUGGAAAGACAAGUAAUUCUAGUGGUUUGUCCAAGGUCCAGGUGGAACUUUUGUCUCCCCUAAAUGAACCCAUUCAGCAUGACAAACCCUUGACUAUUGCUUAUCCACCAGAAAUGGACAUACCCCCUGGCUGCUUUGUUGAACUCGUGGAGGUGAAAACAGUCAAUGGGACCAAGGAGCUGGAGCUUAAGUUAGUCUCACAGCAAACUGCUGAAACCAAAUCACCUGUGAAGAAUUUGGAGGCUCAAACUGGGAGUGUCGGUGUUCAAAACAGCCACAUAGAUAAACCAACCUUCAGAUGCAGUGUCAUUGCACAAGAGAGCAAGGCAAUCCAUCCAGAGCCUCAUAUUGUAAACCAGAAUGUGAAAAAAAGGGAUUUCUCCUCAGUAAAAACUGUGUUGAAUGUGUCCCGUGAUCGAGGUCCAAACUUAAAAGAACACUCGAAAGAAGCACAAGGGGCUGUGAAAGAAAAAUCUGGUGAGCCUGCGAGGGAAUUUGGUGCCAACACUAGGAAGGAAGCAUCGAAAAGUGUGCGCCAGCAAAUGGGACAGAAAUCACUGAGUUCCGGUAAACUCAAGAGUCCUUUUCAGCCUCAGUCCAUAUUAUCUACUCAAAGUACUGCAAAUAAUGCCGUCCAGCAGAAUGUUGUCAGACCCACUGUACCCUCAAAAACCUGUAAUACUGGUGACCUCCCCUGUCAUAUUGUUCCUAAGGAGGAGGUAAUCUGUGACUUUCCAUCACAUCCAACAAGUAAUUCCUUCUCUCCCUGUGGGAGUGAUACUAUGACUAAAGGGAACGGUUGUCCUCUGGAUUUCAUACCUUUUGUCAACCCCAUUUCUGAGAAAGUUGCUGAUGAUAAGGAUUCACAUGAUGCUCCGGCUACCACUGAGCUACCAGUCAUAUCAUCAGUAUUUUCCAUUAGUCAAGGCCCUGGGGAUUUCCCAGGCUGCAUCAGGUGGGAGCAGGCUUUAAACAACAACCUGGGAAUUUUCCCUCAGAAUGGGAACAUAUCUGCUGUUCCAGAGCAAGGGAAUUCAAAAAACAUAUUGUCCACCAGACGUACAUCAACGUCAGUGGAUACCUGUGGCAGCCCUAAAGGAGGAACAAAUCAUAAGCUCACAAGUAAAGGAGAAAAAGGCACUAACGCAGACAGUGUUAAGACGGACUCGCCGAGCCCUGCCAGUGAAGCACCAAGGUCUCCGUUGUUGGGUCAGACUUACUUACCCCAGCUGAACAAGAUUUCGCCCCGUGACCUGGUCAAAAAUCCAGCGGACGCUCCCACUAAACAGAAAAAUAAAAAAAUUCUGGAAGACUCCUUGCCCAUGUUCAUUCCACAAGGAGCCGUGCUGAAGAUCUCUGAGUCCAACAAGCCCUCACUUACUCUGAAGAUAUCCACACCAGCUUCAGAGAUGAUAGGCAGCUGGAUGCCUAGGCCUGUCCUUUUCAGCAGUUUAAAUGAACAGAACAUUUUGGACACGGACCACUCUUGCCAGAACAAGGUUCCUAAGCUCUCACUGAAAAGGAGGAAAUCAGGAGCAGAAAACAAGGGUUUGGAUGAAGAAUGGGAGCAACAGGAUUCGCAAACUCAUGAUGGGUAUGAUGAUGCUUGGAAAUUAGCCAAGCACAAGAAGAGGAAAAAACACAAGAAGACCUCUAAAGCGAAAUCCUCAUCACAAGUGACAAAGAAAACCCAAAGAGACACAGGAAGACUCUGGCUCAUUCCGCUGAAAGAGGAUCAGCCGGUUAAAUGCCCAGGGCCUGACCAACCCGUUGUUGUCCUUAAUCAUCCAAAGCCACAGACUUUUAGGGUGAGGACCAACAUGCAAACCAUGCUUAGAGGCAAUAAGAACCACCCCAACUGUGCGCUCCCCACAGGAGAACGGUCUGUUAUGUGGCACUCAAGGACAACUCGACAAUCAACAGACCAGACCCGGCACACAUUAAAAAUGAAACUAAAGAAGGUCCAUCAAAACAAAUACCAGAUAGUGGGAUUUGUAUUUAGAGACACUCCAACAGACACUCAAGUGCUAGUCCGGUGAACAUGUUUUUAAGAAACAUAAAGGAAGAAGUCCUUGGAUGUGGAAGACUGAAACUACAGAGAACUUAACAUAACAGAGUUGUGAAUAAGGCAUGUUUUAGGUGUUGUAGUAGGUGUGUUACAUCUGAAAAGGCAUUUCAAUAUCUUUGAGAUAUCCAUGAAAUAUAUUUCUGUUUUCUAUAUUGUAUAUAGGUUGAAUCACUGUCUCGUAUGUCUAUAUCAUUUUUUUCUAUACAAGCAACCUUAUUAGGUAUUUAAUGCUCCCUGAAAAUACCAUGGAAAAUUAAAUUGGAUUCCUUAUUAAGGAAUUUCCAGCAAUGUUGUUUCAUGAAUAUAGUUCACAGCAAAAAGCAAAUGAAGAGUGUGAUUGUUGAUAAUAAUUAUGUCUUAUUAUUUCCCAAUUAAAAAUUGGCUUAGAAUUGGUCAAGUUUUUAACAUGGGAGGAAAAACCAGAAAACCAGUAUGACAACUGAGAAUGCCAAAUGUUUAGUGCAAUUCGGUUUUUCAUUUUCUGUGAAAUAUGUACAGCUAAUGAGAAGCUAUUUACAUUAUGUUAAUUUUUUUUUUUGUCUGUGGUUGCAAAGUUUAGGAAAUUUAAUUUCACUCUGUUGCAGUGUUUAACAAGCGUGAUCAUGUAGACAUGGUAUUUAUGGCUUUUUCCAGUUGAGCUCAGUUAAUAUUUUUUAAAUUUGUUGGAAGGGCAGAUGCUAAUAAAAUAUGUUGUAAAAAAUGAACACAUUAUCCUCAAAUAAGACAACAGAUUUAAUAUAGUGUUGUAAUGUAAAUUAAACUCUUUAAUUGCCAGUUAAAACAAAUUUUAAGUGCUCAAUGAAUUUAUAUAUGUAAACCCAAUGUAGAGCUGCCAGUUUCGAGUUCCGGAAUCGUGAUCACAGUGAGUUGUAUCCUCUUUGAGGUUUUUCUUUUUCUUUUCUUUUUUGUAUGGAAUCUCAUUAGUUUACAGCCAAGAACAGUAAUCCCAUCAACCAUUGACUCCUGGAAGUUUCUGGUGAAUUGUCAGUACAUGUUAAUUUUUACCUUCUAAUGGAGAUAGCUUUUUUGUGCACUCCAAACAUCAUCUUAGAAUAUGUGUCAUGAUAUUAAUAUGUAACAUUACGAAAUCUUACCUUUAAUGUGUGUAUCAGUUAGUGUCUAGCCCAGAUGAAACCCUUCUUUGAUUGGCCAGAGGUUUAAUACCAUUGAAAUAAAAAGUGUUUGAUGUACAUAUUCAUAACUAACAGUGUUAGGCUGGAUUUACCUGAGGUGUUGAGCUGAGGUUUAACAGAAGUUAACAUGCAAUACCAAAAACAAUCUCCUUGUCUUGGUCCACCAGCAGAUUCUUGUGGGCUGCUCAGAAACUGCCUUUAGAAACAUGGUUAACCAUCCUUGCAUACAGUUGUUAAUGAAAUGUUUUAACAUCAGAAUUGCUUUCAUUUUUUAAAGUCAUAUUAAUUUGCGUUAUUGUUAAUUUAGCAUUUGUUGCUAGCACUUUUGAAACCAUUUAAAGUACUUUUUUUUUAUCUUAAAUGAACAUUUCUUUUGAGGGUAGCUUAUUUUCUGUAGUUUUUAUGGUUUUUUAAGGUGAAGGAACUUGUCCUUUGUGAAACCGCUUUUUCAAAGUUAAUUAGCCCCACUAUUGACAUAUUUGAGGUCAUAGGCAAAGACUGUUGGGGGGAGGAUUUGGAUUUAUAUCUCCAGGGCCCGGGAGUUCAAAACUUUUUAUCUCAAUCAGAUCCGAUCAGAUUUUGAAAUCCCAUAUUUUGUGAUCCAGGAUCAGACAACUCAGCCAGAUUUUGUCCAGGUAUUUCAAAGCAAUUCAGGAUAGGAUCACCCUGAUCCAGAUUCAGACUUUUCAAGAUAACCAGAUCCUGAUUAUCAGUGCUUUAAAGCCCUGGAACAUUACUGAGAAAGAUUACGAUUUUCUAACCUUCAAAUUAUAUAUAAUAUUUGGGGGGCUUUAAAGGUGCAAUAUGUAACUUUUUGAGUGUCAAUUUUUAUGGCCCUACAAAUGUAAACAACCUUUUCUUUUUUUAACAUCUAAAGUUAUCUUUUAACUCUGACAGCUCUUGAUACAAGGAAUAGCAGUUUGAGCCAUUUAUUAAGAAGAAUAUAAUAAAUCAUUUUGUGCCACAUAUAUAACAGCACUUGAUUUAAUUCAUAAUAAAAAGCCACAUUUUAAUCAAAAACAAUAAAUCUAAUAGGGACACUUGUUGUACAUUGCUCUGGAUAAGAGCGUCUGCUAAAUGCCUGUAAUGUAAUGUAAUAAUGUAACAACAACAACAAAAAUUUCACAGAUCCUCUUCAUUGAAAGGCAGCUCUAGAGCAGCAUCUUCAAGGAAUGCUUUGAUGGACUAGUGCCUAUUAUUUGUAGAUAAUUGUUUGAUGAUUCAAAAUUUAAUUUAUGAUUGAUAUAAUAUUUGUUGAGAUAACUUUGUGAUGAUAAACUUAAUAUUUGGUUGAAUACAGUGGUCUGAGAGGUAGGCUAGAGGCCACUGUAAAUGUGACAGAAAAAAGUCAAUAAAAAUUUUGCAACCA